UCAGGUUUUAGUUAAACAUAUUCAGUGACUAAGUAGGACAGGUAUAGGCCUAACGUCAUGAUCAGUGUAUAUAAUUAAUCAUAAAUAUUGACGUCCAAUCGAAGAUGCUGAAACUAAAUGUUUGUUAGACGAGUGCUGAAUUGUGUUCAACGCAAUAGAAAAAUCAAGAUGGCUUCAAACAAAAGGAGUGCCAAAACUGAUUCUUUUGAAGACCAAAAACCGUCUUCUGCAAAACAAAUGAAACUGGAUAUGUUUGUGAAGGGGAAGUCUUCAACCACAAAGCUACCUGCAGGAACAAAGAAGGAAGAUUUUGAAUUUUUCUGGAAGGAAGAAUCACCGUUCAGCCAGUUUCACCCUGCUGUGUUUACUGUUGAUGGUGUCAAAUAUAACUGUGCUGAACAAUACAUGAUGCAUCAGAAAGCUUUGACCUUCAAAGAUGAUGAAAAUGCUAAGGCUAUAAUGAAGGCAGCAAAGGCAUUCUCACAGAAGAAAUUGGGUCGUAAAGUCAGGAACUUUGUCCCAGAUAUCUGGAGUGCCAAGUGUGUGGAUGUUGUUAAAAAGGGAAACAUCGCUAAGUUUUCCCAAAACAGCCAUCUCCGAAAGAAACUGCUGGAUACUUAUCCAAAGAUCAUGGUGGAAGCAAGUCCUAUGGAUCGUAUCUGGGGAAUCGGCCUCGCAUCAGGCAACAAACUUGCUUGGAACAAAAACACAUGGAAGGGUAAAAAUCUCCUUGGCUAUGCACUGACAGAUGUUCGCCAGACCUUGAUGAACAGUGAAAAUAAAAACAAAGAGAGUAGUUCAGAUGAUGGCAACAGUGAUACCAUUGAAGAUGAUACAAGCACAGAUGAAAAUUGAUUGCUUACAAAUUAAAGCUUAGGUGCAAUAGUUGUAGUUUUGUAUGCUAGAUUAAAACUGCAACAAUGCAUGUACAUACAAUAUUUUCUAGUCUGAAAGGAAAUCUGAUGAACUUUUUUUAAAGUAAAUUCUGUAUAGAGUUUUCCUAUGCUUUCUUUUACAAAUUCCAAUCCUACUUUUAUUUCUAAAUCUUGAUGUAAAAUUAUAAAAUCUUCUGGUGGGAAAAUAGGUGUAACAUUUAAAUGAGCAAUGAUUAGGAAAAUCAUUAUCCAGAUACAUUUUCAGAAUGUUGUACACUAGAAUCUGAUUUACCUGUUAAAUCAGUAAAAUCAAAAUCAUAACUUCUUAUGGAUCUAUACUACAUGUAACAACAGACUUCUUGUUCCUGUCAAAUUAGAGAAUUUUGAAUAAUAAAAAAAAAAUGAUGCCUGUACUUGAUUUUUAGGUCAUCUGAGUCUAAUUGCCUUUAGUCUGCCAUUGUGUGUCUGUAAACAUUUUUACAUAAUCAACUUCUCAGAACCUGCAGAAACCUUCCAUGGUUGAAGGUCAACCAAAAUUGUGAAGUAUAUGGUCUCCACCCUCCAGAGGAUUGAGAGGUGGGGCAAAAAGAGGUCAAAUUUACUGAAAUUUCAAAAAUCAAUACUCUUCAUAGUAAAGUUACUUUACCAAAAUUGUGAAUUUCACCACCCUUAGGUGGCCCGUUUGCCCGUGGGGAGGGGAUAAACUUUACUAUAGUUUAUACAAUGUAUAGAGAAAUCACAUUUUUGACUAUCAUUUGUUGAAUUUCUUUUGGAAUUAAUUCUAACUUCGUAUGGGAUGGUAGGGUGGUGGUAUACAUAUGUCGGCCUGACUGACCCCCAUAGACUGAUGGAUGGGGCAUAAAAGGGUAAAACGGCCUGAAAUUUUUCAGAACUAAGGUGACUGUUAAGGCCCAUGGAUCUUGUGUCUUACUUGUGGUCACUGUUAAUUGUGCUACAUACAUGGAGAUAUUACAAUACAUAUGUAGAUGUGAGUUUUAAUGCAUACGGAAAUUGUGUUAUAUCUUAUCUACUUUUAGCAAAAAAUAAAUUGUCUUCAUUUA